CUAACCUUAUCUCACUUAAAAUUAUCAGAUUUGACAACACAUGGUCAAUCAAAAUACAGUUGGAAUAUGAAAGUGCGUUAUAUUUGAAUUGCAUGAUAUUUAUUUAAUAAUAAUCAAUUGAAAAUGAGAUAUGCACAACUUGUAAUGGGACCAGCUGGUAGUGGAAAGAGUACGUAUUGUUCUGCCAUGCAACAACAUGCAGCUAGUGAAAGAAAUGUGAUUGACAUAGUAAAUUUAGAUCCUGCAGCAGAAUAUUUUGAUUAUGAACCUUUAGUCGAUAUAAGAGAGUUAAUUCAGUUAGAUGAUGCAAUGGAAGAUGAUGAAUUACAAUUUGGACCUAAUGGUGGUCUCGUAUUUUGUGUGGAGUACUUAUUAGAAAAUUCAUCAUGGCUAGAAGAAAAGUUAGGGGAUGUGGACGAUGAUUACAUUAUUUUUGAUUGUCCAGGCCAAAUAGAGUUGUAUACACACAUGACAGUUAUCCGUCAAUUAAUAACAAUCUUACACAAUCUCAAUUUUCGUAUAUGUGGAAUCUUUUUAGUAGAUAGUCAAUUUAUGGUUGAUGGAUCAAAAUUUCUAUCUGGUACAAUGGCUGCUCUUAGUGUAAUGAUUAAUUUGGAACUACCACACAUUAAUAUUCUUAGUAAAAUGGACUUACUGUCGAAAAGUGCAAAGAAGCAAUUAGAUAAGUAUUUAGAACCUGAUCCUCACAGUUUAUUAGCAGAUAUGGAAAAAGAUUCUUGGAAUGAAAAAUAUAGGAAUCUCACAGAGGCUGUAGGAAGGCUUAUAGAAGAUUACAGUCUUGUGCGUUUUUAUCCAUUAAAUAUAAAAGAUGAAGAAAGCAUAGCAGACAUUAAAUUAACUAUUGAUAAUAUUAUUCAGUAUGGAGAAGAUGUUGAUGUUAAAAUUAGAGAUUUUGAUGACCCUGCUGAGGAUGAUGAUAGAGAUACAAAUUAUGAAGCUAAUAUGUAACAUUAUUUCAUUUAAUAAAUUAUUUUUAUGGAACCUCUUGUAAUUCAAUUCUUGAUAUUGG